AUGGAGGUCGCUAUGGUGAGUGCCGAGAGCUCAGGGUGCAACAGUCACAUGCCUUAUGGUUAUGCAGCCCAGGCCCGGGCCCGGGAGCGCGAGAGGCUGGCUCACUCGAGAGCGGCUGCGGCCGCUGCCGUGGCAGCAGCCACAGCUGCUGUGGAAGGCAGUGGGGGUUCUGGUGGGGGCUCCCACCACCACCACCAGUCACGGGGGGCCUGCACCUCCCACGAUCCUCAGAGCAGCCGAGGGAGCAGGAGGAGGAGGCGCACGCGGCCCGAGAAGAAGCGAGUCCACCACCGACAGAGCAGCUUCCCGCAUUGCUCUGACCUGAUGCCCAGCGGCUCUGAGGAGAAGAUCCUAAGGGAGCUGAGCGAGGAAGAGGAAGACGAGGAGGAGGACGAGGACGAGGAUGAGGAGGGAAGGUUUUACUAUAGCGAAGACGACCACGGCGACGAAUGUUCGUACACGGACCUGCUGCCUCAGGAAGACGGGGGAGGCGGUGGCUAUAGUUCAGUCCGCUACAGUGACUGCUGUGAGCGUGUGGUGAUCAAUGUGUCAGGCCUACGCUUUGAGACCCAGAUGAAAACCCUGGCCCAGUUUCCAGAGACUUUGUUGGGAGACCCUGAGAAGAGGACUCAGUACUUUGACCCUUUGCGCAACGAGUAUUUUUUUGACAGGAACCGGCCCAGCUUUGAUGCCAUCCUUUAUUAUUACCAAUCAGGAGGCCGCCUGAAGAGGCCGGUCAACGUCCCCUUUGAUAUCUUCACUGAGGAGGUGAAGUUCUACCAGCUGGGAGAGGAGGCCUUGCUCAAGUUUCGUGAGGAUGAGGGCUUUGUAAGAGAGGAGGAGGACAGGGCCCUACCAGAGAAUGAAUUUAAAAAGCAGAUCUGGCUUCUCUUUGAAUAUCCAGAGAGCUCCAGUCCUGCAAGGGGCAUAGCCAUUGUGUCUGUCCUGGUCAUCUUAAUCUCCAUCGUCAUCUUCUGCCUGGAAACCUUGCCUGAGUUUAGGGACGACAGGGAUCUCGUCAUGGCACUGAGUGCCGGUGGGCACGGUGGGUUGUUGAAUGACACCUUGGCACCCCACCCGGAGAACUCAGGGCACACAAUAUUCAACGACCCUUUCUUCAUCGUGGAGACAGUCUGUAUUGUGUGGUUUUCCUUUGAGUUUGUGGUCCGCUGCUUUGCUUGUCCUAGCCAAGCGCUCUUCUUCAAAAACAUCAUGAACAUCAUUGACAUUGUCUCCAUCUUGCCUUAUUUCAUCACCCUGGGUACUGAUCUGGCCCAGCAACAGGGAGGUGGCAAUGGGCAGCAGCAACAGGCCAUGUCCUUUGCCAUCCUCAGGAUCAUUCGUCUGGUCCGAGUAUUCCGGAUCUUCAAACUGUCCAGGCACUCCAAAGGCCUGCAGAUCCUGGGCCACACCCUCAGAGCCAGCAUGCGGGAGCUAGGCCUUCUGAUCUUCUUCCUCUUCAUUGGGGUCAUCCUCUUUUCCAGUGCUGUGUAUUUCGCGGAGGCGGAUGAACCUACUACCCAUUUCCAAAGCAUCCCAGAUGCAUUUUGGUGGGCUGUGGUAACCAUGACAACUGUGGGCUAUGGGGACAUGAAGCCCAUCACCGUGGGGGGCAAGAUCGUGGGGUCCCUGUGUGCCAUUGCAGGUGUCUUAACCAUUGCUUUGCCAGUGCCAGUGAUUGUCUCUAACUUUAACUAUUUCUACCAUAGAGAGACUGAAAAUGAGGAACAGACGCAGCUGACCCAGAAUGCAGUCAGUUGCCCAUACCUUCCUUCCAAUUUGCUCAAGAAAUUUCGGAGCUCUACUUCUUCUUCCCUGGGGGACAAGUCAGAGUAUCUAGAGAUGGAAGAAGGAGUUAAGGAAUCUCUGUGCGCAAAGGAGAAGUGUCAGGGGAAGGGGGAUGACAGUGAGACAGAUAAAAACAACUGUUCUAAUGCAAAGGCUGUGGAGACUGAUGUGUGA